AGGAACAAUUUUCUCGAUCGGUCAUGCGAUUGGAUCACAUGUGAAGAUGUAAAUGUUGUACAAUUAUCCUUGCUCUCGUUAAAUAAAAAUUACAGUCUGAUUUUCAUUUAGAUAUCACCUUCAUGUUUGCCUUCCAUUUGUGUAUUUUUAUUUCGAGACAACUUUAGACUUUCAACUUUCAGAGUUUUCCAUAUACCAGUUUACAGUCAUCAUGUUUACGCGCUUCAAAAUCUUAGCAGUGCACCACCAGACGGCAGUGUCCUCGAUUUAGGAACCUCUAUUUAAAAUCGUGUUGUUUACCUCUUAAAAUAUUGUUUGAUUUUAUGUCGUUUCACUCAAAGAAUAACUAAUUAUAAAGUUCUUAGUGGGAAUUGUGUGUGUUGAUUAUCUCUGGCAAAAAAGAUGUAACUCAAAUAAGAAAUGAAAUUACAGUAGUUUUGACGUUUUUGACAUCCUAUUUUAGAAAGUGCACUUAUGGAAAAUUCAUUUCAACUGAUUUUUUUUCCUAUAACAGUUUUGUAAUCACAGACAUUCAGCAUGCAUAUCUGACAAGUAGUUGGCUACCCUGUACACACAAAGAUUUGGCAAGACGUCACGAGGGGAGCAUUGGAGCUAUUGCAGUUAUUAUAAAGAAUUAGAUCGUAUCUUGUAAUGUCAUCUAAAUGGAUAAAAUCUACCAUUUGUCCUCCUGUUCAUUUAUUGCAACCAUUGAAGAGGCUCAAACUGCUACCUCAGUAUUUACUCCACUUUAGAGGGGGCGGUGUUGACCCUCCGUGCACCCCGCCUACUAGUUCUUUCCUUGUUGUCUACGUCACAUGACCGAACUCCAUGCAAAUCUCUCCUCACUGGAACGCUAUUGGCCGCUCGCUCAUUUUAAUCGCUGUCAAAACGCAUCAUAUGGCCACCGCUUUAACUAACUCUUCAACUCCACUAGGAAAAGUAACUCAAACGCACGUUCAAUUAAUGUGGAUGUGAAACGGCAGGCGGACACGACACUAAACAGGCUACAGAAGCAAAAAGAGACCCCGAAACUAACAGCAAACGGUUGGGAAUAAACUGAAUUCCACAUUUCACCGGAACUCCACUGGUUUGUGAGGCACUUGCUUCAAGCGGACUACAGAGCGCCAAAAGUUCAUGCUUUUUCUCUGCUAGCUGAGAACUUCUAAGCCACUUGAAUGUAUAGCAUGAUGAUGGAAACGGACCUUCAUUCCCCGGGACCCCAAACCAAUACGAAUCCGGGGCAAACGGGUCCAAAUUCGGGGAGCAAAGCCAACCAAGACCGCGUAAAAAGACCUAUGAACGCUUUUAUGGUCUGGUCCCGCGGCCAGCGCAGAAAAAUGGCUCAGGAGAACCCCAAAAUGCACAACUCUGAAAUUAGCAAAAGACUCGGUGCUGAGUGGAAGGUGAUGUCAGAGGCUGAAAAGCGGCCCUUUAUUGAUGAGGCGAAGCGGUUGCGCGCCAUGCACAUGAAGGAGCAUCCGGAUUACAAAUACAGACCGAGGCGCAAAACCAAGACCCUGCUUAAAAAGGACAAGUAUUCGUUGGCUGGCGGCUUGCUCGGUGGUGCAGGUGCUGGGAUUGGGAUGAGUCCUGCAGGGGUCGGCCAGAGGUUGGAGAGUCCUGGGGGUCACGGAGGCUCGGCCGGCGCUGGCUACGCGCACAUGAACGGCUGGGCGAACGGCACUUAUUCCGGCCAGGUGGCCGCCGCGGCAGCAGCGGCUGCGAUGAUGCAGGAGGCACAGCUCGCUUACAGCCAGCACCCAGGCAGUGGGUCUCACCAUCACCACGCUCAUCACCAUCACCCGCACAACCCUCAGCCUAUGCACCGCUACGAUAUGACUGCUCUCCAGUACAGCCCCAUCUCGAACUCCCAGAGCUACAUGAGCGCUUCUCCGUCCGGCUACGGUGGGAUAUCGUACACGCAGCAUCAAAACUCCAGCGUCGCUUCUUCUGCCGCCAUCGGAACGCUGAGCUCGCUCGUCAAGUCCGAACCCAAUAUAAGCCCUCCGGUUACCACACACGCCCGAGGUCCCUGCCCCGGAGACUUGAGAGAGAUGAUUAGUAUGUAUUUACCGACCGGAGAGUCCGGGGAUCCGUCAGUGCAGAGCAGACUGCAUGCAUUACCGCAGCACUAUCAGAGCACAGCCGCCGGAGUAAACGGAACUGUCCCAUUGACGCAUAUUUGAAACAGCUGAUGGAAAGUGAUGGGUAACGCGCAUUCAGAAACACUCCACCAAAAAUGUUUACCUCUUUUUUUUUUUAGAUUGUCAUUGAACUACUUUUGUACAGAAUGUUUUAUGAUGUUCUUGUAAAUUAAAGGUAAAUAUUGUUUCGAUUGCAUUUCGGAGAGAAACUGAGAUCUUAUCAAAUGUAUCACUUUCAGUGAAACAUUGUUUAAUUAUGACGUCUUUAAAAAUGAUUCUGACAGCGUUUCUGGCCACGCCAAGAAAUAUAAUACAUAAUUU